UUUCCCUGGUGCAACCAGUGAGGACUUAGACAGCCCCACUGUUCUGCAAUGAACUUGACUUUCCUUGGAUUACCAGUUCUGGAAGGGUGUUUUUGCAAACAGUUUCAUCUGGCUGAAUAUCAGUAGGGAGCAGGGUGUGUCUGCAGGCUCACACGGAGAGCGGACGGCGCAUUUCUCUGGGAUCCCAUGGGCUGAGUGGGGCUGGUCGCUGGCACGAGGCACCGUCAUUCCCUAGGUCACGGUCCAGGCGUUUAGCUGCUUAAAAGAUGCUAUUGCAGAGCACAGGAAGACAGCCUCAACUCUUUCACACUUGCAGAUAGAGCCUCCAGCACAGAGGGGAGACCAAGGAAGAGUCAGCGACUUCCUCCUAAGCUGAGGCAAAAUUUCAGAGAUGUUCACUUGCUGCCUCAGCAGAGACCUUGGCCAAUGCUGCUGGAGCAACGGAGUGGUUACUUCCCCUGAGCUGGUGGUUAGUGACUCCGUGCCAGAGGUGUGGUAACUGGACAGUGAGAACUUCCAUUCCCUUGCAGUGCGAGCCGGGGCUUAGAUUUUGCGAGCUCUGCAGCACCUGCAUCUCCAAGAACCAGGAGCAAAUGUUGUCUUGCUGGCACUGCAUGAGCUUUGGCUCCAUUCUUCUGCUCCUCGGAGAAAACCUGGCUUUGAUCGCUGAAAUCCCUCAGGAUUCGGUCAAUGGCACUGUGGGCCAGUCCGUGCUCCUGCCCGUCUCCUACAAACUCAGCAGCUCCUCUCACUUCCCACUGCCAUUUUACUGGACAUUCAGUAACCGCUCUGAGCAAAUUGUCACCUGCACGGUGCUGAACUGCUCCCUGAGUGCUGAGGGGGCUCCCAAGCACUGCUCUGCAAAACAUUUCCCACACGCCGCAUACCAAGGUCGUGUUGUGCUUUUCCCUGAGAACGCAUCCCUGCUGCUCCGGGACCUGCAGCUCAGGGACAGCGGGGUCUACAGCGUCACCUUCAAACAGCAGAUCCAAACCUGGCGCAUCACCUUAACUGUGUACAACCCUCAUUGCAGCCUUAAAAAUCCAGACCAUAAUGACCCAAGAAAGGAAAUUUCAAGCCAGAUCUCUACCUACAUAAUUGGAGUUUCUUCUUGUUUAAUCUCCUUCCUUCUGCUAUUCCUGCUCUUCUGCUGCAUAUGGCACCUGGGUGCAGUUCAACAGAAGAAAACAAGAAUCACUGGACAACAAGAGGUCUCAAAUGCUGAGGAGUCUCCCAUGGAAAGCACCAUGAUGAGGGAUAUAGCAACUGUUUAUGCCAGAGUUGGAGACAACUUUGAACAGCCACAGCUGAGAGCAACACCAGAGGUUGUGUACAUGUCCGCAACCUUCUCUGAUCCACCAGGACCAGAUUGGCCACUGUCGUCUUGUGCAGCGACUGCGGAGCUGCCUGAAGUGGGAGCCUUGAACUUCGCUAAAGAUAGUCCUGUUUCAAAGUGGAGAAGAUGUUUUUGUCACUGACUGUCUCUGCUGAUGUGACCCUCAGUGCUCUUACUCCAGCAGCUCUUAGUCUGCACAGUGAGUGCAGGUUGUAAAGGAUUUGGAGCUACCAAGUAUGGAAAUGCCUUAGUUUGCCUCGAUCUGCAGUCUCUCUUAAAUUUGAGGAAGGAGCUGGUUUUAGUUUCUUCUUGAUACUUCCUGAGAGUACAAAGACACACAGCGUAAGAGAAAGAUUCAUAAGACAAAGGCAGAUCAUCAGUUUGGUCCAUGGGAAGCUUACUUCCAUAGACUCACCUUAACUGGAGGGGUAACAGGGAACAUUAAAUGGAUCUUAAUCAUGUGUCUCAGGUUCAUUGCCAAUGGUCUUGUCAUAUUAAAAGAAUAUAUGAAGAUUA